GUUAAAAUCGGUGUGAACAAGGCGCGUAGUUAUAGGUUUAUAAAAUGUCCCAGACAUUAUCGGACACAUUAAAGAAAGCGAUACAGGACGCCUUUGGCAAAGUGGCCGGGGGCAAGACGGACCGCCUUAGAAAGAAGGGCGUCCGUGCGGUGCUGCAGCUCAUUGGUCAAAACCCCACUCCCGCUGAAAUGGACGGGUAUUUCAAGGACAGUGGUGUACACGAAGUCGACCGUGACUCCAUAGGCAACUUUAUCGAGAGUCACGUGCCGCUCAAGUCCCAGAACACUAUCAACGACGAUAUAGCGGAAGCGUUCGCCAAGUUUGAUACGAACGAUGCUUUUGUGAUUACCAAGGCGGACUUUCGGGAGAUUCUCACCCAGCUUGGAAACGAACGCCUCACAGACGCGGAGGCGGAGGCUAUACUGGACUGCCUUGAUAAGAGCUCAGAGCACGUCAAUGUAUCCGAUCUUUCAAAGUUAUUAAGUGGUUGAGUGCUUGGCGUCAACUUAUCACCAUGUCACCACGUCCAAGUGGAAUAAACAGGAACCUCAUCGAUUGUCCACGCGGAACGCUGGUUUUUGUUUAUUUCAGUUCACUGUAGUGCUCCUAAACAGUACUUUGAAACUAUAUAUUGUUGUGUUUAUUCAAUUGUUAUUACAUUACCAAGAUAUAUGAAGAUAUAGACGA